AUGAAUCACUCGCAGUAUCAACCAAAUGAUGCAUCCAUUUCCCAUACCGACGGAAAAGGUAUACCAGAAGCCAUGGUAAACAAAUACCUCCGUUCGCAAAUAUUUCAAGGAGUCAUCCUCGGUUGGAUUGUUUCAAUCUCGAUUUUAGUAUUAGCAUACUUUGUUGGCAUACGGGGUCAAAUGAUGACGGAUUCCAAUGUUGCAUGGGAUUUGCGUAUCGGUUUUGUCUUGACGGUUGUAACAGUAAUCACGAGAAUAUCAACUGCUAUUGUAGGGUUUAUGGUACCGGCUAUUUUAGCAGGGAUUAUUGUCUUGGGCAAAAUAACCAAACUGGAUGGUUCAGGCACUAUUAUCGGCAAAUUAAUGGAAUCAUAUAUGUCACGUGGUCUAUGGUGCACUGUGACAGCUUGUUUUAGCUCGGGCCCAACUCGUAAACUCUCUCUCAUUAUUGUUUCUGUCUUGUUGUGGCAAUAUCUAGCAUCAAUGGCUGAUUUGUAUUUUCAUAUUACUGCAAUUGGAAAGUUUCAACAAUUGCCUGGAUUAACUUAUCCAAGUGCUAGAUCACUAGACAUAGCAACCGAUUGUCCCGAAACAUCUUACUUGGACAAUUGUGUGGCAAGAAAGCGUGGAAUGAAGAAUAAUGAUAGAGUACUGAAAGUAUAUCAAAAUGUGAGCGAAUCUUUAGUGCUUUUGCGCAAUGACGGUGGAAUUUACCUUAUACAAUCCCCACCUCUGGAGAAAGCUUAUUCAUAUUCGGGGUCUGGUGUUGUUUUACAACCUACGUGUGAACCCAUAAGUAGCAUAUGCAAUUUAAAAGCCAGAUAUGGUGCCAGUACAAAUUACAGCUGCCCUGAAGAACUCUGGUAUGCCUCAGGGAACACGGUAACUACGAAUUUUAAUGUAAACGUCACUACUGCAAUUCGUGGUCCGGAAAAGUAUGAAGUAUCUAAUCCAAUACAUGCAAUUGUCACUCUACGUUAUGCUAAAGAACUUUCAACGAAUUAUGAUUCUGAAUUCGUGUCUGAAGUACAUGGUGACCUUUCAUUCCUAUUGCAUUGCCAAAUUUUCGCCUCAAAAAUUCAAUAUGACAUAACUCUUGGAUUGUUUAAUGCGUCACCACUAGCAAAUUUAUCAAAUUCGCAACUUUUUACACUCGCUAGUGCAUCAAGUUUAUAUAAAAUGGUUAGUCGAGCGAUAAACGAUGUCGAAGAUGUAAGUUUUAAAGGAAAUAGUACAUUACUCGCCAAUGAAUUUGCACAACAAUGGGCUCAAGCUACCAUCGCUACAUUUAGUGGUAUAGUACAAGAGAAUGGGGAAGGUGAAGGGUAUUCUUAUACGCUUGAAAUAAAUAAGGAACAAACAAUUGUCCCACUUUCGGUUGUCUUAAUCUAUAGCAUUAUUAUUAUAUUACCACUAAUAAUCUACUCAUGUGUGAGUCUUUGUUCUCUUGGACAUCAUUCGCCUGGAGUACACAUCAGCUGGAUACUUGCCGAAUUCUUCUGUAAACCACAGAGACUGCUUUAUCUAGUCCUAAUUAAAGAACAUUACGUGGAAGAUGAUUGUUUGAAGAGUAUGCCGAUGCAGGAAAGGAUAAUUAGAAACAUUGAAUGUAGUAUCAAGGUGGAUGAUGGGCAUUUUGAGUUGAGUCCAAAAUUUAAAGAACUAUCAAAAUAUUCGCAGUAA